UGGUUCGUAGUAGCCAUUUGUUAUCUUUCAUAAAGUUCUAGUGAGAUACUAUCAUACAAAAUGUUGAAAUCAGCGUCGGGUACAUUAAUUAACGUUUUCAAGCGAUCCCUGCUCCCUGCGACCAGGGUCAGUGCAGUGAUCCCGGCACGACUAUCACACGACGGUCCAGUGGAAUCCGACGAAGAGUUCGACUCCAGAUAUGAAGCAUUCUUCAACAGAAAGGACAUUGAUGGUUGGGAAAUCCGCAAAGGAAUGAACGACCUUUGUGGUAUGGAUCUGGUACCCGACCCAAAGAUCAUCAAGUCCGCUCUGCAUGCCUGCAGGCGGGUAAACGACUAUGCGCUUGCUAUUAGAUUUAUCGAAGCCUGCAAAGACAAAUGCGGAGGCAAGGUGAAUGAAAUUUACCCAUACCUCAUCCAAGAAAUCAAACCCACACUCACAGAGCUCGGCAUUGAUACACCCGAGGAACUUGGCUAUGACAAACCAGAAUUAGCUUUAGAUAGUGUUUAUGAAGUUUAAAUUAGUUGAAUGGAUAU